AAGUUUUUGUUCUGCUCCUAGUUCCUACUAUGAGAUUUUACAAUUUGUGUAGUCAACAUGGAAGUUUAGGCAGUUAUUUCUCCUGGUCGGAGGAAUGGCUGCUGGUCCUGGAAGUUCUUCAGUAUGGCAAUGUCUUGAGUCUUGGUUGUAUUUUGCCUCAUUGUUUUUAUGAUAACAAUUUGUAUACCUGCCCAUCCUAGAAUAAAUUUGGGGUUGAAUUUCUAAUAUCGAACUUUCAAAGUUGCCUGCUGUUCAUAUUAUCAUAUAAUGCUUAUGGAAAUUGCAAUGGUUAAACACUAUUCCAUCAACAUUUACAAUCAUGCUCCUGGGUGUUCAAAAUUGCCAUCUUCUUUUGUUGCCCUCCUCCUUUGCUCUGCUCAUUUUUGGUACGGAACGAUGGGUACCUUUCUUCUUCAAAUUCUGGACAUCAUACAUAAGACUAGGCCACAUCAACAACUAUCUGACAGCAAAUUCUGGACCAUUAUCAACAGCAGGGCAAGGCGGCAAGCCAACAGUUGCUUUAGCUUCUGGGCAUGGCUUUGUUGGGCUCACACGUCUCGUAUCGUUGUGAGGCAGCCAAUUUGGUAGGAAAUGUGGGCGUUGAUGGAUCCCCUGACAGAUUUGUUUGGCAAUGAAAGGAGCGUUUGGUGAGAAACUCUAGGGGGGCAUUUGUGUGUUUCUCAGAUCAAGAACAUUGUCAUGUAACCUCAUGUGAGGGUGGUAUCAGUUUGGUAGCUAGGCUACAAAAAUACUUGUUUUGUCUUCAUCCUAUCAUGAUAGAUCCAUUUGAGUAUAAUAACCAUCAUAAGCUAGUAUUUAAGGUGGCGUAUAACCACAUCGUGAAUGCGUGGUGUGUGUAGUGUCAGUAGCCCUUAGACGUCUGACCCUGAAGGUUUUGGCUCUGGGAUGCUAGGGCAGCUAGCACAAUGGGCUAAAAUUGCCAACGAAGCGUCAUGUGGAUCACCAAGAUGGAUAGGGAGAGGCCUAUCUUGUGUGUGCAUCAAGCGAAAAGGGGCAUAUGAGAGAAUAUGCAUGAACCUCACACCAGUGCAGGAAGAAAGGCUUCAGAGAUUAAAGCAUCGUAUGAAGGUUUACUUUGAUCCAUCUAGACGAGAUCACCAGGAAGCCCUGAAAGCUCUUUGGCAUGCGACAUACCCUGAUCAAGAACUUCAAGGUUUGAUAUCUGAACAGUGGAAGGACAUGGGUUGGCAAGGAAGAGACCCAUCAACUGACUUUAGAGGAGCAGGAUUCAUCUCUCUGGAGAACCUUCUAUUCUUUGCCAAGACAUUCUCUGCCUCAUUUCAGAGGCUGCUAAAGAAACAGUGCGGUAACAGAGCCACAUGGGAGUACCCAUUCGCAGUUGCUGGCGUAAACAUUACAUUCAUGAUCAUGCAGAUGCUUGAUCUACAGUCAACAAAGCCAAAAACAUUUGUCCGAGCCAUUUUUAUUCAAAUGCUUUCAGAGGAUGAGUGGGCAUUUGAUCUGCUCUACUGCGUUGCAUUUGUUGUGAUGGACAAGCAGUGGCUUGACAAGAACGCCUCUUACAUGGACUUCAAUGAGGUACUGAAGUCAACACGAACCCAGCUGGAGAGGGAGCUCAUGCUAGAUGAUGUGAUGCGGAUCGAAGACAUGCCAUCAUACAGCCUGCUUUGCUAGUGACCAAAAUACCAAAUGCGCAGGAGAACAUAACCAAGUUCGUGGUUCAACUGUAUAGCACCUCCCUCUGAUUUCUAGGACGAAUUUUUUUAGCAACUAAGUAGAGUGAUGGCGUACUGAUGUUAUGCUGAAUUGGACCUCUGUAAAUAAAUCAUCAGUGUAUUACCACACGGACUUAGUAUUGCCAUCAUCCGGUCUCAAUGUUGGUGAUAUUCACAUUGUCAGAAGUGCAGAAUUUAUUCUUCGCAAUGCUUCGUGCUGUUUUAUGCAAUUGUCAGUUCUCCAA